UGCACACAGUGACAUUGCUACUUGCAGCACUGCUCACGACUAGUAAAAGUGGUAACUAGGGGAGCAUGACUUAACUAGUUGUGGUGAAAAUUAUGGGAUGGAUUGUCAUGGCAACAGACCAGACGUCACAAUCUGGGCAUGUGUGUUCCAGUUUUGUCUCUUUCUUAUUUUCAGACUGGAGGACUUGGAUAGAGAAGAGUGGAAAAGGAAAUACAUGUUUUCCAACAAAAACAGGGAAACCAUCAUUCUUGAAAAUAUACAGAUAUACAUUUUAUUUACACAAGACCCAUAUAAUUCUUUUCGGAGAGGCAAUAAGAGGUGAACAGUGGCGUUUUGAGGGUUAACUUUCAGUUAAUUCUCAGGCAAGAGGAUUUUUGGUAUGCGAUAAAGAUGCCUGGGUCGUUAAGCAAUGAAGACGAGGGACAAGAGGACAUGGAUUUUGAAGACGAAAUACCAGAUGAGGAUGAGGAGGGUCAACGUAACACUGCCCCGCUCACACCUCUGGACAGCUUCUUCACUGACAACGUCGCCCUCAAACAACAGAAGAAGAAGAAACCCCAAAAGAUGAAGGAGGGCAAGAUGCCCAAAGUCAAGAAGAGGAAAAAGGAGGGAGGAGGAGGUGGAGGAGUAGGAGGUGGUGGCAGUGACUUGAAGGAUCAGGCCUCAGAGCGGGAGGAUGACCGUCCACUGCAGGGUCCAGAGAUUGGCUCAGAGAGCGAGAGCAGCACCUAUGCCCUAACCACAAAGAAGAAGAAGAAACCUAAGGAGAAGAAAGAGAAGAAACCCAAACGGAAAAAGAGAGAAGAGGAGGAGGAUGACGAAGAUGAUGAUGACGAAGAUGAUGAAAAUAGUAAGGAGCCCAAGUCGUCCAGCCAGCUGAUGCAGGAGUGGGGUCUGGAGGAUGUGCAGUAUGGCUUCACAGAGGAGGACUAUACAACCCUCACCAACUACAAGGCCUUCAGCCAGUUCCUCAGGCCACUUAUUGCCAAGAAGAACCCUAAGAUCCCCAUGUCAAAGAUGAUGACAGUGUUAGGGGCCAAGUGGCGAGAGUUCAGCGCUAACAACCCCUUCAAAGGCACCUCUGCAACUGCUGUGGCUGCCGCGGUGGCUGCUGCCGUGGAAACGGUCACCGUGGCCUCGCCCAUCUCUGUCAAAGAGAUCACCACCCUAUCAAGCUCUCAGCCUGGGCCAAUCAGAAAAGCCAAAACCAAAGAGGGAAAGGGGCCUGGGGUUCGACGGAAAACAAAGACUGUAAAGGAGGUGAAGAAGAAAAGUAAAGGGAAGAAGACCAAAUCAAAGAAGAAAGCAUCCUCGAGUGAGGAGGACUUUGCGCUGGAGGAGUCGGACUUUGAUGAUGUCAGCAUCCACAGUGCCUCUGUGCGCUCUGAUACCUCGGGGAAUUCCAAGAAGAAAGCCCGGAAGGGUCGAAAAAAAAGGAAAAGAGAGGAUGGGGAUGGCUAUGAGACAGACCACCAGGACUACUGUGAGGUGUGCCAGCAGGGAGGGGAGAUCAUCCUGUGUGACACCUGUCCCAAAGCCUACCACCUGGUGUGUCUGGACCCCGAGCUGGAGAAAGCUCCCGAGGGCAAGUGGAGCUGCCCCCACUGUGAGAAAGAGGGCAUCCAGUGGGAGGCCAAAGAUGAUGACGAUGAGGAGGAGGAGGUUGCGGUUGAGGAAGAGGACGACCACCUGGAGUUCUGUAGAGUGUGUAAAGACGGAGGGGAGCUGCUGUGCUGUGACACCUGCCCCUCCUCCUACCAUAUCCACUGCCUCAACCCUCCACUGCCUGAGAUACCCAAUGGGGAGUGGCUGUGCCCACGCUGCAUGUGCCCACCUCUGAAGGGGAAGGUACAGAGGAUUCUCCACUGGACUUGGGGGGACCCCCCCUUACCAGCUGAGGUUCCCCCUGGCCCUGAUGGAGAGACUGUGGACCCGCUGGUCAAGCCCCCCCUGAAGGGCCACCCGGAGAGGGAGCUGUUUGUCAAGUGGGCUGGUCUCUCCUACUGGCACUGCUCCUGGGUCAGCGAACUGCAGUUGGAGCUGUACCAUGCGGUGAUGUACCGUAACUAUCAGCGUAAGAACGACAUGGAUGAGCCCCCUCCGUACGACUACGGCUCUGGGGAGGAGGAGCUGAACAAUGAGAAGAGGAAGAGUAAAGAUCCGCAGUACGCUGCCAUGGAGGAGAGAUUCUACCGCUACGGCAUCAAGCCAGAGUGGAUGGUCAUCCACAGGAUCCUCAACCACAGUUAUGAUAAGGAUGGGGAUGUGCACUACCUGAUAAAGUGGAGAGACCUGCCCUAUGACCAGUGCACCUGGGAGGUGGAUGACUUUGACGUCCCUGAAUAUCACAACGCCAAACACUCCUAUUGGGACCACAGGGAGCAGAUGAUUGGUGACGACCAGCGCCCUUUAGUGGUGAGAAAGGGAAAGAAGGGCAAAGAGGAGGAGAAGAGGAGGGAGAGAGAAAUCCCUCCUAACGCUCCAAUUAUAGAUCCUACCAUCAAGUUUGAACAUCAACCCUGGUACAUCAAUGCCACUGGGGGAACCCUGCACCCGUACCAGCUGGAGGGGUUGAACUGGCUGCGGUUCUCCUGGGCACAGGGCACAGACACUAUCCUGGCAGACGAGAUGGGCCUGGGCAAGACUGUCCAGACCAUCGUGUUCCUCUACUCACUCUACAAGGAGGGUCACUCCAAAGGGCCAUACCUGGUCAGUGCCCCCCUGUCCACCAUCAUCAACUGGGAGAGGGAAUUUGAGAUGUGGGCCCCAGACUUCUACGUGGUGACCUACACUGGGGACAAAGAAAGCCGGGCGGUCAUCAGGGAGAACGAGUUCACCUUUGAGGACAGUGCAGUCAAAACAGGCCGCAAGGUCUUCCGUAUGAAGAAAGACACUGCCAUCAAGUUCCAUGUGUUGCUGACGUCAUAUGAGCUAAUCACCAUCGAUCAGACCAUUCUGGGCUCCAUUAACUGGGCCUGUCUAGUGGUGGAUGAGGCCCACAGACUGAAGAACAACCAGUCAAAGUUUUUCAGAAUCCUCAACGGGUAUAAGAUCUACUAUAAGCUGCUACUGACUGGCACUCCUCUGCAGAACAACCUGGAGGAGCUGUUUCACCUGCUCAACUUCCUCACCCCAGAGAGAUUCAAUAACCUGGAGGGCUUCCUAGAGGAGUUUGCAGACAUCUCCAAGGAGGACCAGAUCAAGAAGCUGCAUGACCUGCUGGGCCCACACAUGCUCAGGAGACUGAAGGCUGACGUCUUCAAGAACAUGCCUUCCAAAACAGAGCUCAUUGUACGAGUGGAGCUCAGCCCCAUGCAGAAGAAGUACUACAAGUUCAUCCUGACACGGAACUUUGAGGCGCUCAACUCCAAGGGCGGGGGCAACCAGGUGUCCCUGCUCAACAUCAUGAUGGAUCUGAAGAAGUGCUGCAACCACCCCUACCUGUUCCCCGUGGCAGCCAUGGAGGCACCAGUGUUACCCAAUGGCUCUUACGAUGGGAACCAGCUGGUGAAGUCCUCAGGCAAACUCACCCUGCUCCAGAAGAUGCUAAAGAAACUCAAAGAUGAAGGACACAGAGUUCUCAUCUUCUCCCAGAUGACUAAGAUGCUGGAUCUGCUUGAGGACUUUCUGGAAUACGAGGGCUACAAAUAUGAACGCAUCGAUGGAGGCAUCACAGGGGGGCUACGACAGGAGGCUAUCGACCGCUUUAACGCACCGGGCGCUCAGCAGUUCUGCUUCCUGCUCUCCACCCGAGCUGGAGGCUUGGGCAUCAACCUGGCCACGGCAGACACCGUCAUCAUCUAUGACUCAGACUGGAACCCUCACAACGAUAUCCAGGCAUUCAGCAGGGCCCACCGUAUAGGUCAGAAUAAGAAGGUGAUGAUCUAUCGCUUCGUGACACGAGCUAGCGUGGAGGAGCGCAUCACCCAGGUGGCCAAGAGGAAGAUGAUGCUGACCCACCUGGUGGUGAGGCCCGGCCUGGGCUCCAAGACCGGCUCUAUGUCCAAACAGGAACUGGACGACAUCCUCAAGUUCGGCACCGAGGAGCUCUUCAAGGACGAGAUGGAGGCAGCCGCUCGGGCCAUGGGUUCCCAUCAAAAACUCUGUAAGAAUAACGGGGACAUAAAGGAUGGAGAUGAAGGUAGUGUAAUCCACUAUGAUGACAAUGCCAUCUCCAAGCUGCUGGACCGUAGCCAGAAUGCUACGGAGGACACUGAGAUCCAGAACAUGAACGAAUACCUCAGCUCCUUCAAGGUGGCCCAGUACGUGGUCAAAGACGAGGACGCAGAGGAGGAGCCCCAGCGGGAGAUCAUUAAGCAGGAGGAGAAUGUGGAUCCAGACUACUGGGAGAAGCUGCUGAGGCACCAUUAUGAGCAGCAACAGGAGGACCUGGCACGCAACCUGGGCAAAGGCAAACGCAUCCGCAAGCAGGUCAACUACAACGACACGUCUCAGGAGGACCAAGAGUGGCAGGAUGAUCUUUCAGACAAUCAUUCCGAGUACUCCGUGGGGUCCGAGGACGAGGACGAAGAUUUCGAGGAGAGGCCGGAAGGUGGGCGCAGGCAUUCUCGCAGGCAGCUGAAGAGUGACAGGGACAAACCUCUGCCACCCCUGCUGGCACGCGUAGGGGGCAACAUCGAGGUGCUGGGGUUCAACGCCCGUCAGCGGAAGGCCUUCCUCAACGCCAUCAUGCGCUGGGGAAUGCCUCCUCAGGACGCCUUCAACUCUCACUGGCUGGUCAGAGACCUGAGAGGGAAGAGUGAGAAAGAGUUCAGGGCCUACGUGUCUCUGUUCAUGAGACAUCUUUGUGAGCCGGGGGCAGACGGGGCGGAGACCUUUGCAGACGGGGUUCCACGAGAAGGGCUGUCCCGCCAGCAUGUCCUCACCAGGAUCGGGGUUAUGUCUCUGGUCAGGAAAAAGGUCCAGGAGUUUGAGCAUGUCAAUGGGAAGUACAGCACUCCAGACCUGAUCCCUAUUGGACUGGAGCUGAAGAAACUGACUGAGAGUCUGUCCUCUGACCCCAACACCCCUGUCCCUGCCAGCCCUGCAGCCACACCCCAGCCUCCUGGAACUCCUGUCCCACCAGAAAAGACGGACUCGAUCUCAGGGCCUGCUGAAGACAAGGAGCCCACAGAACAAGAGUGCAAGAAGCUACCAGAACUGGAGACUCAUGUUAGUACAGAGUCGUUUUCCCAGGUAGAGAAGACGGACAUCGUUCCUGACAGUGAUGAGACAGCGAAGGGCAGCACAGAGUACAAACCAGUCUCCUCAGAGGAGAGUAGUGAAAUGAAAGACACACCCUCCACAUUGAUAGAGCCAUCCAUCAAUCCUAAAGAGCCUCCAUCCAAACAGACAGAGCUGUCGUCCAAUCAAAGCUCACCAAAAGCGGAGCCCUGUCGAGAGACAGAGAAGUCCUUAGAUAAAGGAGACAGUGAUCCUGCCCCAGCCAAACCUGAGGAGAAGGAACUGAAGCCAGUUGUUUCAGACGAGGCCAAGAGCGAGGACUUGCUAGUGCCCGAGGGACGGCUGAAUGGAGAAAAAGAAGCACAGGAGGAGACGGAGGAUGUCAGGAAGGAAUUACUGGAGAAGAAUGGUUUCAAGAUGAGAUUCAUGUUCAACAUCGCCGACGGAGGCUUCACAGAGCUGCACACCCUGUGGCAGAACGAGGAGCGGGCUGCCGUGUCAUCUGGGAAGAUGUAUGAUAUCUGGCACCGUCGCCACGACUACUGGCUACUGGCUGGCAUCGUAACACAUGGCUAUGCCCGCUGGCAGGACAUUCAGAACGACCCACGCUAUGCCAUCCACAAUGAGCCCUUCAAGACUGAGAUGCACAAGGGAAACUACCUUGAGAUGAAGAACAAGUUCCUGGCUCGCCGCUUUAAGCUGUUGGAGCAGGCUCUGGUGAUAGAGGAGCAGUUGAGGAGGGCAGCAUACCUGAAUAUGACCCAGGACCCCAGCCACCCGGCCAUGGCCCUGAACACUCGCUUUGCUGAGGUGGAGUGUCUGGCUGAGUCCCACCAGCACCUGUCCAAGGAGUCUCUGGCCGGGAACAAGCCAGCCAACGCCGUGCUGCACAAAGGUCUGUCAUCUCCCAGUGUGUACACAGCAGCAGGACUAAAACACUGUCUACAAACUCAAGAUCUGGUACUGAACCAGCUGGAGGAGCUGUUAAGUGACAUGAAGGCGGAUGUGACGCGGCUUCCCAACAUGUUGUCCCGGAUCCCCCCAGUGUCUUCUCGUCUGCAGAUGUCUGAGAGGAGCAUCCUCAGCCGCCUCACCAGCCGCGGUAACGAACCUCCGCCACAACAGCCGUUCAGCCAGGGCUCAUUUGCCUGUUCCCAGAUGUACAGCACUGGUUUUGGGGGCAGCUUCCGGGGAACUGCAGGAGAGGCCAUGGUCAACUACAGUCAGAUGCCCCUGGGACCCUACGUCAGUGUGUCCAACGGCCCCCCACCCCCAUCCAGCCACUUGGACAAGAAGUCUUGCGACCCCCUGAGGGACGUCACCACCCCUGACCUCAAGUCAGGCAAGCCCAGCGAUGUUAUCUGUAUUGAAGAUUAGAUCAGCUACUCCAAAACUGAUCUGGUGUCAGCCAAGCCCAGGGAUGUCAACUACUAUAUCAAUGAUUACAGAAUCUCUGCCCCCCCCCCCCUCCUCCUGCUGUCCUACAUGACAUGGCUAACCCACCAGAGAACUCCUAAAGAAGCUCUCCGUCUAUGGAGCAGAGGAUAACCCUAAGAAUAUUACACUGAUGUAUCUGUCUAUCGUAUCAAUUGCACUUCUUUCAAGGAUUCUUCAACAUACUUCAUGCAGUAGCUAUUUGCUUUUAUGACUUAGGUUGGUGGGUCAAGCAGAGGAACUGUCUAUUAGGAUGUGAGAGUCAAACGACCUCAUACGCCCCAACCUCUGCUACCUGACACGUGGAAGGGAAGGGUCGUGUUCCCCUGCUCAGACGUUGCAUGCAUCAACUAAUGGUUGGGGGCCAUGUCAUCGACUGUGCCAUCGGGCACCACAUUGGUAUAACAUAUGAUGUGUUCAGCUGAUACGUAAAAUACCUAUCCAGGGGUUUUAAGAUCUGCCAUUUGUCAGCAAUGGCUGGGCAGAGGAACACGACCAUGGUGAUCUUAUAGGAUGACUGGAACUGCCCUGUCUGAAGGGGAAAGUCUUGGCUACAGGGAGAGCUGGAGAAAGUCAAAGUUCACAUGAUGAUGAGCCGGUGGAGUUGCCAAUGCUCUGGGGCUGCUGUAAUGAGACUCAUAUGUGUCUAUUGAUUCCCUUUAGGCCUGGCUCUGCACCUUCAUUCUGGAUAUUUUCCUCCUGCGUUCAUCAUUGGCCUAUUCAUUGUGCAUCGGGACUGACCUCUGCUGGAGCUUUGUGCUUUAAAUACAUACAAAUAGAAGGAAAAUAGAACUACGAAGGCAUAAGGCUCCCAUCCUAGAAUUAAAGAGAUGAUAAGUGGGUGCUCAUACAGCAGCCAAUUCUCUGGUACAUUUUAGAACAUGUGUUUGUUUUUAUAGUUUCAUGGCAGAGCCUUGAUUUGGAACUUGUAAGAAUAAGAGUGACUUUAAGGAAGUAUAGCUGCACUAUGCCUCAACCCAUAAAGACUGCCAUCUCCCGCCUCUGGAGAAAGGGAUCCUAGUUACAAAGCUGCAUUAGCUACUAAUAUACUAGGGGUUCUCCCUUGUAAUGUACAUAGUUCAAGAGACUGCUGUUUAUUUUGCCUUGCAUAAUCAUUGUGAAUUUAAUGCAUACAUGCAUAACAAUGUAACAGGCUGGAUUAGUGCAAAAAGUGACGAUCAUAUAGAAGUUACAGGACAUAUCUAACUGUGGUACAGUUUGUAACCAUUUGUACAUUUCAGAAGAGACUCAAGACUAUUUCUGCCAAUGGUAUAGUACAUGUAUUUCUUUAACAUUUGAAUGUGAUUAUUGGCUGUUAAGCCAAACCCCGGGGCCAUGACCAGAGUGUGUGCUAUUAACAGAAUCUCCUCCUGUCCAUCAUAUGGUUGUGAUGUGGAGCUAAUUGUGUACUGGACAGAGGGAUUCUGUUGCCUGCUACACAUACAGUUUUACUGUUAUCUCUGAUAGUUCCCCAAAGCCCCUCCUUCCAUUUUGAGAAAUACUAAAACAAAAAAGUGCUUAUGACACUGCGUCCAUCACCUUUUGGCCUAGGUUUCAUGUUUUCCAUGAAAAGUGCUUUAUUGUGUGUUCUUCAUGUUAAAGUAAAGUGUUAUUUCAGUAUUUACUGCUUUAGUGCCACUAAAAGAGGGCUGCUCACUCCAUGUCCUGGAUGGCUAAUGUCCCAGAUUGUAUGCUUGAUAAUCUUAGACUUGGGUGGAAUUGUUUCCAUUAAGAACUGAGGGCAGUGGUUGAAUCAGAUGGCUAAUUUAAUCAUCAAUAGAUUAUAAUCUUCAUAAAUAUUAGCCAAAAGGACCAAGGUUGGACAGCCUUACAGUAAAAGUAUCAAAACGUAUUUUUAUGUUUCUUUUUAUAUAUGGGUUGCUUGGAAGGGAACUGUUUAUGGCAUUACGUGUUGUGAGGACUUAACUGUAUCAGAGCCACAGCAUGGAUUCACUUGACAAUACUGUUUAUUCCAUCUGUCUGAUAAUGUGAUUGUCCAAAGUGAAACUACUGUUUUAUAUGUUUAAUGAGACUUAAUUUGUUCUGAAUUUUCAAGAAUGUGUGUAUUCAAUUUUCUCAUUGCAAUGUUUGCUCUUAUUUUUCUCUCAAAGAGUAGAGGCAUUACCUAUUUGUAUUGCAUUUAAUGACAGGGCUAUAGCACUUACAGUAUGUGGAGGUUUUGAGAAAGGAAUUGUGAAUGGACCGUCCUGAACUGAAGAGAUUCCUGUAUACAGGGUGUGAUUGUAGCUCUGCUCUAUAGGCUUUUUAUAUGAAUCUCCUGAGGUGCUCUGUCCUGCCCCCUGUUGGCUGGAAUGUGUAACUACACAUUGUCUCAGUGGGUUGAUCCCAAAUGGACCCCUAAGCCCUACUGCCUAUGCACCUGUGGAGGUCUGAGAGGAUUUGAACGGUAUAAGCACCAUGGUGAAACUUCCACAUAGCCUAUCAUAGGGCAAGGUGGCGCUAUAACCAUAUUGCUUACACAUGUCAAAUCCUCUAAGAUCUCCCAAGGGCAUAGGGCGUAGGUCUUAGGGCUCCAUUUGGGAUUGGACCACUGUCUUCUCAGACAAAGCACUUCACCUGAAGUUGAGAUAGGAAUUUCAACAAAUAGGGCACAUAUCAGUUCUUAAGCUAUUAUUUUGCACCCAAUUGAGUGACUGUUUAUCAGUUCUGUCCAUGGAGUGUGCAGUCCCAGUGUUUCUCUUCAGCCUGUUACUCAAUUUGUAAGUAAUAUGAGGGUCCCAGUGUGGACUAAAGUGUAGGUUUGGAUGGUUUGGACAAGACCCACACCUUGUAAUUUAUUGGAUUAGUGUCACUGGACAGAAGCAAAUAGCAGUGAUAUGUAAAUACUAAGAUUUCCAGUGUUUUGUCUCUCUCAUACUCUUAUCGAUCAUGUACCUAACUAUACUGAAAAAAAUAUAAACGCAACAUGCAACAAUUUCAAAGAUUUUACUGAGUUACAGUUCGUAUAAGGAAAUCAG